AUGGCCGGAGGAGACAACCUCAAGCUGGUGGGCAUGUGGGCGAGCCCUCACGUCCUGCGAGUGCAGCUCGCGCUCCGCCUCAAGGGCCUAAGCUACGAGUUCGUGGAGAUGGAGGGGGAGCAAGGCCUCGAGAAAAACAAGGGGGAGCAGCUGCUCCUCAACAGUAAGCUGCCGGUGCUGAUCCAUGGCGGCAAGCCUAUCCGUGGGAAGUCGUUGAGCAUGAUACAGUACAUCGAUGAGGCCUUCGUUGGCGCCAGUCCCUCCCUCCUCCCGGACGACCCCUCCGAGCGUGCCAUGGCUCGUUACUGGGCUGACUUUAUCGAUGACACGCUUGUGAAGGCGAUGCACAUGGCGGCAUGGGGCAAAACGGACGGGGAGAAGGCCAAGGGGAAGAACCAGGUCGCCUCCGCGGUGGAGACCCUAGAGGGAGCCCUGAGAGAGUGCUCGAAUCCCUUCUUUGGAGGCAACACUGUCGGAUAUGUGGAUGUCAUACUCGGUGGUCUUCUUGGGUGGGUGCGCGAGACCGACGCGAUGCAAGGUGUCAAGACCUUCGACGACCCAUCCAUGACGCCUCUCCUCGCUAUGUGGGCAGACCGUUUUUCUGCACUGAAAGAAGUCCUGGUGGUCAUGCCAGAUGUGGGAGCGUUGGUCGAUUUUGCCAUGCCUACGACAUGUGCUCGCAGCUCUGGUCCAUUGGGCAUCGCCGUUUCCAUAUAUAUGAUUGGGGUUCUUCUGCAAAUGGUGGCGUCCUAUCUCACUUGGUUGGGUCGAGCCGAGGGCAAAGGAGAUCCCCAGGACGGAAACCCUUGUUCUCGCCUUCACUGGUUGGCUCCAGGAGCAUUACCGUAUUGGGGUUGCUAUGUCCUUGAAGGCCUGGACUUCGUGACCAGUUCUAUGCCCACGCUGUUUCUUCUAUAUGUUUUCGUGAAAGGUUUCAAGAGUAGUAUGGUCAGGGUGCUGGUGAUGGGAGUCCCUGUGUUAGUCGUCACAUGGUACUUUCUUACCCUCUACAAGCCGUGUGGCCCUGACACCUUAAACAUUACUACAACAUUGAUGAGCAUGUUGCCGCGCCCAUCCAUAUUUACCGAAUAA